CCCUCCCCCAGAACCGGCCCCGUGCGCGGCGGAGACUGCGAGUCCCGGGACGGCGCGGGGGUAGAAAGGGAGAACAGAACCGGGGAGUCGGGGCUGGGUCCCUCGGGGAUGCGGGCGCUGGGGUUCCGCGGCUGCUGCAGUCGGCGGCAGCGAGCCGAAGCAGAGCGCGUGGUGGGCAGCGUGUUGGGCGUCUCGGCUCCUCGUGUGCGGUCUGGGCUGCUGCGGGCCGCGGGAUCGGGAGCCGGCGGCGUCCGCUCCGCGUGCGGAGCCUCGCGCCCCCCUCACCCUCCUGUGGAGGUUGGCUGAGCCUCGCGGGCCGCGCCCGGGGUGGGGGAGUGACCGCUGGGCGGGCGGCGGCGGUUAGGGGGCUGCGCGCCGGCCGCGGAUGGCGUCGCCGGCGCGGGCGGGCAGGUCUUCGGGGGCUUGGCGACCAAGCGACCCGGUUUCUUCCUGUCUAGUCGUCCUCUCUGGUGUAUAAUGGGGCCAGGGGACCCCGGGAUGGAGCCUCGGCGCCGCUGUUCCGGACCGAGGCUAACGGGCGGCGGCGCCUCUGCUCCUACUAGUUUUCUCCCGGACCAACCGAAAAGCCGAGGCGGAGCGCGGGGUAGUGAAGAUCUCGGCCUGUUGGGGGUCCCUGGAGCUGAGGGCAAGGGUGGGGCCGGGUCGGUGGGACAGGCCGGGUGGGCCGGAGGUGGCGCGGCAGCUCGGCUUUGUUCCGGAAAGCCCUUAGGUGGAGAGCAAUGUGGGGCGCGGCAGAGGGAGCGUGUAGAGGAACCUUCGUGCACAGCCUCUCCGGGUCUGGAAAUCUGCUGAACUCCUUGCCUCUCUUGGGGUCCCCCGAACGCCCUAGCUAAGAAGGGCGGGGGGCCUUGCCAGGGCAGGAGCGAUAUGACGUUCAAGGUUUUCCUGUGGCUUCUGUAAAGAAAUGUUCACGUGGGAGCUUGUCCACAUGGGCUGUACUAAGGAUCUGGCACGAGGAAGAAAUAUCACUGCAGAAUCUGAAGCCCUCCGUUGGAAGGGUCGUUCUCUCGAGUACCUAUUCUAAAUGACAGUGACACAAAACACAUGUUAGAAAAAAGCAAAAAGGAUGGAAAAAUAGAAAUGAAGGUACAUAUGCACACAAAAUUUUGCCUCAUUUGUUUGCUGACAUUUAUUUUUCAUCAUUGCAACCAUUGCCAUGAAGAACAUGACCAUGGCCCUGAGGCGCUUCACAGACAGCAUCGUGGAAUGACAGAAUUGGAGCCAAGCAAAUUUUCAAAGCAAGCUGCUGAAAAUGAAAAAAAAUACUAUAUUGAAAAACUUUUUGAGCGUUAUGGUGAAAAUGGAAGAUUAUCCUUUUUUGGUUUGGAGAAACUUUUAACAAACUUGGGCCUUGGAGAGAGAAAAGUAGUUGAGAUUAAUCAUGAGGAUCUUGGCCACGAUCAUGUUUCUCACUUAGAUAUUUUGGCAGUUCAAGAGGGAAAGCAUUUUCACUCACAUAACCACCAGCAUUCCCAUAAUCAUUUAAAUUCAGAAAAUCAAACUGUGACCAGUGUAUCAACAAAAAGAAACCAUAAGUGUGAUCCAGAGAAAGAGACAAUUGAAGUGUCUGUAAAAUCUGAUGAUAAACAUAUGCAUGACCAUAAUCACCGCCUACGUCAUCACCAUCGUUUGCAUCAUCAUCUUGAUCAUAACAAUACUCACCAUUUUCAUAACGAUUCCAUUACUCCCAGUGAGCGUGGGGAGCCUAGCAAUGAACCUUCAACAGAGACCAAUAAAACCCAGGAACAAUCUGAUGUUAAACUACCGAAAGGAAAGAGGAAGAAAAAAGGGAGGAAAAGUAAUGAAAAUUCUGAGGUUAUUACACCAGGUUUUCCCCCUAACCAUGAUCAGGGUGAACAGUAUGAGCAUAAUCGGGUCCACAAACCUGAUCGUGUACAUAACCCAGGUCAUUCUCAUGUACAUCUUCCAGAACGUAAUGGUCAUGAUCCUGGUCAUGGACACCAAGAUCUUGAUCCUGAUAAUGAAGGUGAACUUCGACAUACUAGAAAGAGAGAAGCACCACAUGUUAAAAAUAAUGCAAUAAUCUCUUUGAGAAAAGAUCUUAAUGAAGAUGACCAUCAUCAUGAAUGUUUGAAUGUCACUCAGUUAUUAAAAUACUAUGGUCAUGGUGCCAACUCUCCCAUCUCAACUGAUUUAUUUACAUACCUUUGCCCUGCGUUGUUAUAUCAAAUCGACAGCAGACUUUGUAUUGAGCAUUUUGACAAACUUUUAGUUGAAGAUAUAAAUAAGGAUAAAAACCUGGUUCCUGAAGAUGAGGCAAAUAUAGGGGCAUCAGCCUGGAUUUGUGGUAUCAUUUCUAUCACUGUCAUUAGCCUGCUUUCCUUGCUAGGCGUUAUCUUGGUUCCUAUCAUUAACCAAGGAUGCUUCAAAUUUCUUCUUACAUUCCUUGUUGCGUUAGCUGUAGGAACAAUGAGUGGAGACGCCCUUCUUCAUCUACUGCCCCAUUCUCAGGGUGGACAUGAUCACAGUCACCAACACGCACAUGGGCAUGGACAUUCUCAUGGACAUGAAUCGAAGAAGUUUUUGGAAGAAUAUGAUGCUGUAUUGAAAGGACUUGUUGCUCUAGGAGGCAUUUACUUGCUAUUUAUCAUUGAACACUGCAUUAGAAUGUUUAAGCACUACAAACAACAAAGAGGAAAACAGAAAUGGUUUAUGAAACAGAACACAGAAGAAUCAGCUAUUGGAAGAAAACUUUCAGAUCACAAGUUAAACAAUACACCAGAUUCUGACUGGCUUCAACUCAAGCCUCUUGCCGGAACUGAUGACUCAGUUGUUUCUGAAGAUCGACUGAAUGAAACUGAACUGACAGAUUUAGAAGGCCAACAAGAAUCCCCUCCUAAAAAUUACCUUUGUAUAGAAGAGGAGAAAAUCAUAGACCAUUCUCACAGUGAUGGAUUACAUACCAUUCAUGAGCAUGAUCUCCAUGCUGCUGCACAUAACCACCACGGCGAGAACAAAACUGUACUGAGGAAGCAUAAUCACCAGUGGCACCACAAGCAUUCUCAUCAUUCCCAUGGUCCCUGUCAUUCUGGAUCCGAUCUGAAAGAAACAGGAAUAGCUAAUAUAGCCUGGAUGGUGAUCAUGGGGGACGGCAUCCACAACUUCAGUGAUGGGCUCGCAAUUGGUGCAGCUUUCAGUGCUGGAUUGACGGGAGGAAUCAGUACUUCUAUAGCUGUCUUCUGUCAUGAACUGCCACAUGAAUUAGGUGAUUUUGCAGUUCUUCUUAAAGCAGGCAUGACUGUAAAGCAAGCAAUUGUAUACAACCUCCUGUCUGCCAUGAUGGCUUACAUAGGCAUGCUCAUAGGCACAGCUGUUGGUCAGUAUGCCAAUAACAUCACACUUUGGAUCUUUGCAGUCACUGCAGGCAUGUUCCUCUAUGUAGCCUUGGUGGAUAUGCUUCCAGAAAUGUUGCAUGGUGAUGGUGACAAUGAAGAACAUGGCUUUUGUCCUGUGGGGCAAUUCAUCCUUCAGAAUUUAGGAUUGCUGUUUGGAUUUGCCAUUAUGCUGGUGAUUGCCCUCUAUGAAGACAAAAUUGUGUUUGACAUCCAGUUUUGACCUUUCCCAGUAAUCACUGUUGAUUACGAGAACGUUACCAUGCAGCUUUGCAUCUGUUCCUUGUACUGUAUGCACGUUGCUCAAAGGAAAGUCAGUGGCUUGCACUACUUACAAGUUUCGUAGAUUUGAGCCUAACCACAAAAGGCCGGUGCUUAGUACUGUUUUCCCUGCACGUAGGGGUCUUUUAAAAAUAUAAAGCUUGUGAUAAAGAGAGGAGAAUAUGGGACUCCAUGAACCAGUGUUGAUGUUUGAUUAAGACUUUUCACAAAAUAAUCAUAUAAAACACUAGUCUCUUUAUUAGUAGAAACUUCUGUGGCUAUGCAGAAAUAGAGAUCGAACCAAAAAAAAUCAUUUAACUUUAAAAAUAUUUUAAAUGGACUUUGGGGAGACAUUUUUUGUGUGUUUUUAAGAAUGAAUUGUAGUGUUCUUUAAUUCAGCUACAUAUAUACAUGUGGUGAUAGGGAUCAACUUGACACAGCUUUGAAGCUGCAUAAAGUAGACAUAGGAACUAGAGGAAAGCUCAGGCUGCAUUAGAGUAUGAAUUUAGCAUUGGGAAAAGCCCUUAUUCUUGAAUCUAGAGUUACUAUUUUUGUAUAUAUUUGCAUAGUGUUUAAACCUGCAGCCUAAACUACUGAAAUUUGUGAUUGUAUGUUUGUGUGAGCUUCGGUUUAAUGAAAGAUUCAUAAUGGUUCUUUGUAUUAUUAUAAUACUUGGUGUUGGGGUGUUCUUUCUGUUUUGUUUUGGUUUUUACUUUAAUUUUGUUUUGGUUUUGUUUUGUUUUGUUUUGGUAGGGGGAGGUGAGGGUUUGGAGCAUGUGGUCAAUGUUCUCUUUUUAAACAAUUGUAACUCUCUAGAAAAUAUCAAAGAAAUGAACCAAACAUGGUUUAAAUAGUUGAUUUUCCUAUUUUAACAGUACCAACUAGUUAAUUGGGAAAUGUAAGUUCUGAAUGUUCACGUUGCUUUACCAGUUUGGCAUUGGAACCAAGAGCAUAUGCCGUGGCUGGCUACAAGGUCAUAAAGCAGAAAAUCAAAGUUUACCAUGUCUGUAAUCUGUACCUGAAGUGUCAAUUUAGAACAGUGACUAGGAUAAACUCCGUUAUUGCCAUGGCUGUCAUGGUACCCAAGUGACUUGGAAGACACAUUUAAAUUACUCAGCUGAAAUCACCUGAUCAUCUUGUGCCAAGAUAUGCUGUUGGUGCCUGAUAGAGGUUAGUCUCUUUUUUAGGUGCCCUGUUCUCCUAACGUAAUUGUGAAUGAUUUGUGAGAAGUGCAAGCCAUGUUUAUCCUGAAAUUUUACUUAAUAAUUUGUAUUACUAGUCAUAUGCAUGUAGCUUUCUGUUUACAUCCUAUGCCACAUGGUCUUCAUUUAUGCCAGGUAAACUGUAUUUGAACUAUGUGCAGCUAGCUUUGUUUUAAUCUGCUUGGCAACCAGUGUAGCUGCUGUAACAAUCUUAUUGUUCAAAUAUAUAAGAGCCAAACUCUUUUCCAUUCCAUCUAAAAUGUUUUCAUUUAGUACUCUUCUUUCCUCCUACUCUAUGAACUUUAAAACAAAAACAAAACUGAGAGCAGCACAUGCAUCCAGGUAUUUAUAGAUUAUUGCCAGUGUUUCUUCUGUAUGCUGUAAGCAAGGGAGCUUAGGUGUUCUUUAAUUUAUGCUUGAAUCUGAAAAAUUAUUUCUGACUUACUCCAUGGCCUCCUUAUAAUAAGUAGAAGUUUUAUACAUAGAUUAUUUUCAGCACUGGGCACUGAAUUAGGACAGUCCUCAUCUCAUUGCUUGGCCCUUCAAGCAACCUAGCUAAAAGGUGCUGAUAUUUUAUUUAGUACUGCCAACUUCAAGUGAUUCAUGUAUCUUGAUUUCUGAACCAAGAUAUAUUUAUAGUUCAUUUUUGGGUUUUUAUACCCAAAUAGGAUUCUGCAUUCCAGCAUUAAAUCUGCUUCAUUUUAGAACUUUUAUAAAAGCAACAGCUGGAAUAUACUCCCAGUUUUAAAAUACCUGAUUUAAAGCAAGUGGGUUAUGCUGAAGUAUAUAAAGUUUUAUAUUCUCUCAAAUAUUGUAUUAUCUUUAUUUGCCAGAUUUUACAAAUCUUUUAAGAGGGCUGUAACAGUUGCUGCUAGUAUUAGGGUUCCACCAGUAUUUAGUUUUCACAUCAUUCUAAUGUAUAGUUUCAAGUCUUACUAGACAAUCUGAAUUCCACUACAUUUCUGUUGGCUCCAACAUUCCUUUUAGCUUGACCAGUCUAAUUUAAAGUGUGUUUGUUGGAGGUCAUUAAUGUUACUUGUACAAUGCUGUCACUGUGUGACAUCCAUAUGAAUUUUGGUAUAUAUCACAUUGCAUUCAAUCAGCUGUGAUUAUGCUUAGAAAUACUAUAGUAACUAGAUGCAGUGUGAAUUUUUUCCAUUAACAAACAAUAAAAGUCAGUGGCUUAAAUGUGAUUAUGGUCCUGCAAGGUGAUUCUUGCUAAAAUAUCUAAACUUUUGUUUUAACUGAAUCAUUUUUUUUGUAACUUAAAAAGCUGGAAAAUAUCAAAUGCUGUUUUUUUUUUCAUUGUCAACAGUGGUGUGUCAUUUUAUGUAUGUUCCUAAUGCUUAUGGAACUCCUCCAAAAUAAAGUUACUCAGAGAGAGCAAAUAUG